AGGAUGGCCAGAUGGGUGUUGUGCCGCGGCCGCCUGGACGGCGUUCGCCGUAAGUAGGCAUCCUGACCGAUCACCUGAUCCGUGUACGGUGGAUGGCCGUAUGCGCGUAGCGCGCACGGUCGGUAAUAGACUCAUCAUCUUCUCAGCGACAUACAUGGCUUGACAGCGCCUCCGCCUUUCUCUCUCCCACCACCGUCCCGCACGGCAGAGCCAGCGCCCGGGUGCACGUUCUGGACCCAAGACUAUACACCUCGAUCGCCCGUGACCAAGCAUACCGCAAUUGCGAUGUCGGCGGUGGGCGAUAAGGAACCUGUCGAGCGCAUUCGCGAGAGAAUUGACCUGGAGAUUGCCCAGCUGCGGGAUAGCGUGCAAGUUCUCGUCGCCCGGCGAAACGAGCUCGCACCUGUCCUCCGCUUGCCCGUCGAACUCCUAUCCGAGAUCUUCGUCCUCAACGUCGCCACCCAUUCUCCGGAAGACCUACGCUGGACCCAGGUUGCGUAUGUCUGCCAGUACUGGCGGAGUGUCGCCUUGCAGACGCCCCGGUUAUGGACGUGUAUCAACUUCAAAACCGAGCCCUGGGUGGCGUUGCAGCUCGAACGCUCGAAGACCAUGCCCCUCGUGGCUCACGUUGACCUCCGCGCGCGACAAUUUGCCUCCAAGUGCGAGGGUUUCGGACUGCUGGCCAGAAGCAUGGGUCGCGUGCGACAACUGUCCAUCUCCUCUGGCGAGAUGCGUGGGACGGUACACAAGCUGUGGCGACACAUGACAUACCCUGCGCCCCUCCUCGAAUCAUUCGUCUUUCACAACCCAUCCCAGAGCAGGGCUGGACCCACGUCUCAUGUACCGACGCAACUAUUCCGCGGAGAGUGUCCGUCGCUCAAGUACGUCGAGCUUCGCCAGUGUACUUGGUGCUGGGCCACAACCCUCUUUACGCAUACCGUCACACACCUUACGCUCGAUGGAGCCACGUCCAAAUGCCGCCUCGAGCUCAUGCCCAACCUCGAGUGGCUCGACCUCGAUCACAUCACUCCCGAGGUACCAUGGUUCUUCAUCCCCAACGUGGACGUAGGGCAGUUUGUCCACCUCCCAUGCCUCAAAUUUCUGCGCAUUGAUGCGCUGGCGUUGAACUGCGCCAUCCUGCUGUACCACAUCUCGUUCCCCAUGGACACGCAACUCGUCUUGUACUGCGACGCGUUCCGCCGUCUGGACGAGUUCAUGGCCGUAGGACACGCGAUUGCAGUGAAGCACCGUCGGGGGGAGGCCAUGGGCAUCCAAGACCUCAGGCUGAAGAGCUUCACGUUCGUGCCGCACGACCAAGCAUUGGAGCUGUUCACGUGGAGGGAAGCGUACUCUGCCGACGAGCUGUACGACGCAGCGCGGAAGCGGCGAUGCGAUGCAGCGGUCCGCGUACUCCUGCGGUGGGACGGCCGUGAGCCUGACUUCAGCGUCGCGAGCCUGCUCGUCCGUGCCUUCUACAUUCCCGAGUAUGUCUCGCUCACAGGCCAGGCGUGGAUCGAGCUCUUCAGCGGGAUGAAGAGCGUGAGCUCGGUCUGGGUGCAGGGCCGUUCGGCCACGCACUUGCCGGACGCCCUGCGGAGAGAGAACUGCUCUCAAUGCCGCGCCGACAUCACUGGCGAGAUGCUCGCCGGCGACCCCCUCCGACAACAUACGCGCGUGCCCUCGCUCUUCCCCCUCCUACACACGUUGAUCCUGGAAGAAGUCGAUUUCACUGGCGACACUUGCCCGGAUGCGUGUUUCUUCUGGCAGCUGCAGGACGUGGUGCUCGAGCGUUCCAAGCACGCGGGCAAGCUCAAGCUCAUCGUCCAUCGCUGCCGCAACUUUAUCGUCGAGCAGAUGCAGGAUCUGCGCAUGGUAGGCGCGGACGUGACUUGGAAUGGGGAGGAGAUCCUCGACUUCGACCUGCGUGACGUCGACAGCGACGACUCGGAGGAGGACUACGAGGACUUUUAUGACAGACCCUACUCUGAGGACGACUCCGACGACGAAUAAUACACGAGGUUGUCUUCGUGCUCAUGCGUACCUUUGCACGGGACCGUUUAUUGAUAUGUCCGCUUUACGUUAUCCGUACAAGUGCUACUUAAUGGCUCUGUACUAAUAGUGUGCCCCUUCGUCGUGUAUCGGUACAUACUUGGAUCGCUUUCGUCGCAUGUGCUUUGCCGGUUGCACUUUCGUCUUCAUGUACUACGGUGAUAUAUGUGUCCUUCUAUUCCGCAAUCGUCGUUACUGGGCUGUUCCGAUGUCUUGCUAAUUUUCCGUAGACAUGUACAGCCAAAACUAGGGAAAAAGUAGUGAACCUUGCGCAUCC